GCUGCUCCUAAGUUGCAAUUACAAAUCAGGAGGAACCAAUUAAACUUUCCUUCUAUUUGGGAAAACCCCAUUUUGAGAUCUCUCCCGAUGGUACCAUCUGCAUCUUCUUCUUCUUCUUUCCCACCUGCUGAAUAUCCAGACUGAAAGGAAGUAGCUGUGGUGGGAACUUGCUGCUUUAGGGGACUAUGUGAGAGGCCAUGGGUGCUAGAUGAGAUUUCAACACCACCAGAUUAGUGGCUGAAAAGAAGAAUAGUUCAAGAAUCACAUGCUUGAUGAAGGAUUUUUCAGACUACAUAGAGAAAUUGAAAUUGAUUGAUCUGCUUCCAGCAGGGGGAAAUGCACAGGGUUCAGAGGUAUUAAUCAAGGUUCUGUUUUGAACGUUUCUCUCACUAUUUCUCACCUAACGUUUCUCUCACUAAUGUUCACUCAAUCAACGUUCAUUCAACCAACGUCUAACGGGCGAUGCCAACGAUGAUGUACAUAUGCCGACAACAGCCCUCAAAACUGAAUACCGCUCUCACAACGGAGAGUGUGUUACACUUGCUUACACAUCAAUGCCACGUCAAUGCCACGUUGGAGCCACGUCAUUGCCACUUAAUCCAGAAAUAUUACCUGGGACAAGGUCAAAGAGGAAAAGGCAGAUAGCAGGGGUAGAUCAGGAAGAAUUACAAGAUCCAGCUAUUCUAGCAGAUCCUGAUAGUUGUUUUUGUGAGUUCAAAGGAGUACAAAUACACCAUAAGAUAUAUGAUGCAGAAUCAGUUGCUACAAACUUGUCAGAAGAAGGAACUAGUUCUCAACCUCCUUAUGCUAAUAAAAGAGUGAAUUUUCCAAUGAUUUUAUUGCAUGGGUUUGGUGCCUCUAUUUAUUCAUGGAUUCGAGCUAUGAAGCCAUUGGCACAAAUCACUGGGAAUAAAGUUCUAGCCUUUGACAGACCCGCCUUUGGGUUGACGGCAAGGCUGAAUCAUGUCAACCAUUCAUCUCAGGGAAGUGAAGACACCAGACCUUUUAAUCCAUACUCCAUGUUAUUCUCUGUGUUGGCCACUCUAUACUUCAUUGACUUCUUAGCAGCUCAGAAGGCAAUCCUGGUGGGACACUCAGCUGGUUCCAUUGUAGCAGUUGAAGCAUAUUUUGAAGCACCUGAGCGAGUUGCUGCCCUGAUACUUGUUGCCCCUGCAAUUCUAGCACCCCUAAAUUCAGGGCCUGUAGUGAAGGACAAUCCAAGUGGAAAAAGUAACCAGUCUGAAGGCGAGGACUUGGAAGUGAACUGUAAAGAGAAUUGGUUUACCACUAUUUUCAGCAUUUUGUCAAAGUUAUCCCAAUAUAUUGGACAAACAAUAACGCGUUUGGUGAAAGGGAUGGGAGACAUGAUAACCUCUAUAUACAAGAAAGCUUUAUCUGCAUUCUUGCGUUCUGCCAUCGGUAUUAUGUUGGUAAGAAUGAUAAUUGAUAAGUUUGGCUUAGCUGCUGUUAGGAAUGCUUGGUAUGAUCCUAAACAAGUUGAUGAUCAUGUCUUGCAAGGCUAUACAAAGCCUCUCAGAGUGAAAGAUUGGGAUAGGGCUCUGGUGGAGUAUACCGUGGCUAUGCUUACAGAUUCUGCAUCUGCAUCAAAACCACCACUAUCGAAGAGACUGAGAAAAAUCUUAUGUCCCGUUCUGAUUAUCACUGGUGAUAGCGAUCGGCUUGUUCCACCAUGGAACUCUGAAAGACUUUCACGUGCCAUUCCUGGAUCUUGUCUUGAAAUAAUCAAGAAGUGUGGCCACUUGCCCCAUGAAGAGAAGGUGGACGAAUUUGUAUCCAUUGUUGACAGAUUCCUUGAAAGGGCUUUUGGGGUGUAAAAAGAGUCUCUUCUGCAACCAGCAACUUCAGAUAAUACUUCGUCUGGUUCAACUUGGCAGGACAUCUAUUGGUGAGCAUUAAGUUCGAGACUGGAACUGCCUACUUAAGUUCAUAUAUAGGAAAACGCGAAGCGCUUUGUCAAUUAUACUCUAUCCUAUAAAUACCUAUCAAUGCAUUCCAUAAUACAAAGUACGUAGUGUAUAGUUGCUUAAGUAAACAUUGGAUUCUUUGAUCA